GAAUCCCUUGUGUUCUAUAUAAGUAAAUACACUUAAUUUGAUAGGAAUGAUACUGCAAUUUUUCUAUUAUUAUAUGGUUUAUAUGUGUACUUUUUGAAAAUGGGAGGAGCUUGGACUCAACUGGCCCCUCCCACUUGAGCUUUAGUCCUGUUCAAACAAACUAAGAAUCAGACUCACAGAGAUGGAGAGACGCUGUGCUAACUGGACCCUUCUCCUGGUGCUGUGUGGCCUCCUGCCACUGACCCCUCAGGCUGGCAGGACGAUGCCAAAACUCUCGGACAAGAAGCUAUGUGCCGAUUCAGAGUGUAGCCAUCCCAUUCUCAUUGCUAGAGCUCUGCAGGAUUAUUACCCGCAAGACUGUCGCUUCAUUCACAUUCAUCAAGGCCAAUCUGUCUAUGUGUAUGCCAUGCUGAAAGACCGUGGGAACCUCUUUUGGGCUGGCAGUGUUCAAGGGUCAUAUUAUGGAGACCAGGAAGCUCGUCUGGGAUAUUUCCCCAGCAGUGUUGUUGAAGAGACACAUGCGUUAAUGCCUGCAGAGGUUGAGGUCAAGACCGAUAAAUGGGACUUUUACUGCUAUUAGGAUUGUUUGCUGUCUUGGCUGGAACAUAAACAUGAUUGAUUCGUGAUUCCACUCUGCACUCUAGUAUGUCAUUUAUUAUUUCUAGUAAGCAAAGAUUAUUUGCUAUUCAGAAAAGAAGAACAUAUAGAACCUGACUGCAGACUGUAAAUGCUUGUGAUGCAAUAAAACUGAGCUGCUGCUAUUUGGCUGCUGAUCCUUUGUAUCACAUGGUGUUUUGGUAAGAAAAUGUUUGAAUGAGAACUAAAGAGAAAAUCAAUUAUUAGGCCUAACUCAAGCGAGAAAUUAUUGCAUCUGCCUUCAUUAUCUUCAUACGACUUUAGCAGUAGAUAUUCGGUUACCAGCAGAGUUGGUCAUGCGAAUUACCAUAAACACCAAUAAUGCUCGAG